UCAUUUCUGAAUAUUCUACUUUCAUUUUGGUUUUCCUGUACACCGCACUGCAAAUACCUUGAACAGGAAUUAUGAUGCAGUAUAAGAGAUUAUCAGAAAAAAAUCCAUCCUAUCUACCACCGGGUUGCAUGACAAUUCUCGAUGUUAAAAGACAAAUAGAAUCUGCGUACGGAGUAUCUCGUUAUUCCAUUAGUGUCGUAGAUUUCGAGGAGGGAAUCAUUUACGAAAAUGAGCGUCCAAUAUCCGGACUACCAUCCCCCCUUCAGGUCAUGUUUGGUAAUGAUAACAGGCAAUUCCCGUCAUACCUGAAUACUGAUGAACCGGACAUGCUUACACUGGAUGAUUCUGAGGACGAACCGCGUCUGAAAAUGUCCUGUGGACACGCUAUUUCUGCUGAUAGUCUGUUUGGGUUCAUGAGAUCGGAGCUGAUGACGAAUGUUGUAGACGCAAUACGUUGUCCUACCGAGGGGUGCAGAUCAGAAUGGAGGAUGCAGGAAAUCGUGAGAAAGGCAGAUAUGACGGAAGAUGAACGUAUUUUCUUUGAAUAUCGAAUUUCUAUGAAUGCCUUAAACAAAGAAGACGACGUUACUUCAAACUGUCCAGAUUGCGGGAAUUAUUGUCAGAGGUUGGCGGAGAACAACAAGCAUGUCCAUUGUAUAUUUUGCAGCAAAUCGAAAGGUAUAAAUUAUGAAUUCUGCUGGGACUGUAAAUCACUUUGGUUCCCAAAUCACAAGUGCGCAAAUUCAGAACUUGAAGCAUUUCAAAGAAUAUUGAAUGAGGCUCCACGGAAAAAGUUGGAUUAUUCGCAUAUUGAAGAUGUUCCCUCUAAACGAAUGUGUCCAAGUUGUCGCACUUUGAUUGAACAUGAGAGUAUGUGUAAAGAGAUGACAUGCAUUAAAUGCAAGUUUAAAUUUUGUUUCUCCUGUUUAACUCCAUGCAGGGAUGGUUCCUUACAGUGUAGUGGAUAUAACAGAAAAUGCUCUGUUGCUCCUGUUCAGAACGUAUUUCAGUAAAAUUACUACAUGUGGAUAU